CCGCCGCCGCAAUGGGAAAGCGAGCGACGCGGCGGGCAUCUAGUCAAGGAGGCAUUGCUUAAGAAGGAGUGGGUGGUGAAGCUCCGGAUCGGCAAGCCCGUGACGCCGCCAAUGAAGGUUUGCAGCGCACAUUUCAUCUCCGAAGACUUCUUCUGGAGCAGCAUUGACCCCAAAGUGUGGACGCCUAAUCGAAGACGGCUGAAGAAGACUGCUGUACCUUCACAGAACUUGCCCACAAGAACCCAUGACAAAAAGAAAAAGGACUUGUCAAGAAUACAGGAAGCAGCAGCGCGAGAUGCCCGUGCCUCUGCUAGACAUUGUCAUGAACCAACUUCUCAAGGAACAUGUCGGGAACCUGCCCGAGCUGUGCAUGGGCUACCUUGUGAAGAGAACCCCGAUGAUGACCUAUAUGAUGUACGACAGCAUGGCCAGGAAACUGCAUCACAACCAUGUCCUAGUGGUGCAACUGGUACAGCUGCUUCCUCACUAGACCAGGAGGCUGCAGAAGCCCUUGUUCAGCUUUCACAGUUCAUCCAGAAUGUACCAGACAUGUGUACACAAGACAAGAGCAUCCAGGUCGAUGUGGACUCCUUUAUGGGGAAGAAGUUCAGGCUUGUAGAUUUACUCACAUCAGACAACAUUGUUCUUGCUUUUACUGGUGUAUCAAUGAAUCUGCUGAUAGCAGUUAGUAAUGAAGUAGGCAGAAUUGAAGAGGCAGUCACUGAAAUGUCAACUCUUGAACGCGUUAUUCUCGUUCUUGUACGUUUGAAAACGUGUUUACCCUUUGUGUGUUUGGCCCCCCUAUUUUGUGUGAGCAGAACAACUGCCUCUCGCCACUUUUACAGCACACUUCAUAACCUUGCAGCGGUUCUGGAAUCUGCAAUUCCAUGGCCAGAUAAACAGGAAAUUGCAAGAAAUCUGCCACAGUGCUUUGAAGAAUACAGGGACGUACGUGUUGUGCUAGACUGUACUGAGGUCACAGUUGAAAAAUCGCACUGUGCUUCGUGUAGAAUUCUAACGUAUUCGCAUUACAAGGGAACGCACACAGCAAAGCUUCUUGUUGGUGUCUCGCCUGCUGGUUUAAUCACUUUUGUCAGCCGUGGUUUUGGAGGCAGAGCGUCAGACAGAGCCUGCGUUGAAAAAUCGGCAGUUCUAGCAAAACUCAACAGUUUUGAAGAUGACGUAAUGGUUGAUAAAGGUUUCAACAUAGACGUAUUAUGUGAAAACCUCGGGCUGGGGGUUGUGCAGCCUCCAUUUCUUCGUGGACAGCUGCAGUUCACCGCAAAAGACUCAGAAAAGACAUUAAAAAUAGCCAGGGCACGUGUGCACGUCGAGCGGGCAAUCCAAAGGAUGAAACUUUUUAAAGUUCUGAGGGAACCUGUGCCUUGGGAAAUGGUUGGUGCCCUUGAUGACAUAUUUAUUGUGAUUGGUGGAAUUGUAAAUCUCUCCACUCCUAUUCUCUCUGAGAAAAGGUUCUAGUGAAAUUAUGGACGAAUCUGUUGUGUCCGCAAGCGAAUUUUCUGCUGCUUCUAGCAGAAGUGACUCGGAGGAUAAUGUCAAAUCAUGAAAAUAUAGUUUGUAUGAUAAAAAACCGUAGAACGAGCCAGGAUUGUAGUCAGGUGUUGAUCAGUACGUUACGCUUUCUGGCAUAUCGAUUUUUUACUCAGAUUGAAAUGUCGUGAAAAUGUUGGCAAUAUUAUAUCUUUUCUUUGUAGUGUCGCAACAGUAUAUGGUAAAAAUUUGGUGACAUAACCGUCAACCAGCAGAGAGACGUUCAGUCCAAGAAAGCUACCUGGCCGUGACCUCAGAGUAGUGUUGCACAGUGAAGCGAUAUGUGUCACAAGGAAAAUCGGCGUUUCGGGCAUCUUUUUCACCGCGGAAGUAAUAAGCAGGAUUUGUGCUAAUAAAAAUGAGAGUGCGUGGUUGCAAAUCUUAUAUAAGCAGUCUUAUGCCAAAGUUGAUGAUUCUUGGGAAAUGGUCACGGCCGCAGAAAUGAUGAAUUUCAUUUGCCUGCUGAUCUUAUGGGCAUUGUCGAGCUUCCACGACUAUACCUCGCCAAAAUAAGUACAUUCAGAACAAGUCCUACCGAUUGACGAAACGGAGAAAAUACAAAAGGUGCUAAGAGGACAAGAAACUUGACUGGACAAAUGCUACUUGUAAUGCUUGUUUUGCCCAGUGGCACACCAACCUUAGAAAAAUUUUUUUUUACAUCUCAGAGCUUUCAGGCAUGGCUCCACCUACUUCGAUAAUGUCAUACAUUGAAAUGGGAAGACUUUUUGUAACUUACACGUUUAGAUUAUUUUUAUUGUGUGCGGGGAAGCCGUGCUCAAUGCUACCUUUUGGUAUGUGAUUUUUUUAUGUGCUGCUAUUUACCAUGCUUUGCUAAAAUACCUAUGGCUGAAUAGCAAAUCUAUUCCUCUUCUCAAUUAUCUUUAUUGUAUUGCUGUGUUUCAAAAAUUUGUAGAGGGAAGAAAUGUAACCGUGUAACCUGAUGGAGUAAUGCAGUUUUCAGUGUGCACAAAAAAAAACUUGUAACUCAUACGCUUUUUGAGCUACACCAAACUUUCCUUUAAUAAGAAAGCUGUUGGGCAAAUAUUUUUGCUAUCUUAGAUUAUUUUUCAAUUUUUUUCCAUGUUCGGGGUAUAGCAUUGAAAAUAUUCUAUGCAAUGUUCAAUAAAUCAUAUUAGAACUUGUUGGGCUAGUGGGUUACUUGUCAUAUUGAACAUACUUAGCGCAACUUCGCACUCAAAAACACUCACAUUUCACUCAAGAACACACCCCACACACAGCGCUUGACAAUAAAGCUUGUUUUAGGGGCGAAGCUCCUUAAGGCGGCACCCGUUCGUCCCUCGUCGUGCUCGUAGUAGUGAGUAACAAGUCUUACCCUUUGACCUCCAAGGUGGUGCCGGUGGGAGAUUUCUCCUGUGCGUUGUUGAACAAUAAAAAAUUCGCAGCGUGCGCGUUAACUAAAAGCCGAAUUCUUCUGUCUCUGUAGAAGUGUAAGUGUUAGCUAAAAGCCGACUUCUUCUGUCUCUCAUUCCCAUUAGCAGCCAUUGUUUACCUCCAAGGUAGUGCCUGGUGAGAUUUCUCCUGUGCGUGAUUAAACAAUAAAAAUUUUGUUCAAAACGCCGUUGAUUGAUGAAAUAAACCAACGAAAGACGCCAGAUGUUUCUAAAGCAAAACGAAAAAGACGCCAGCUGCUUAACGAAAGACGCAAGGUGUUUUCUAAAGCAAUGGUUUUCUAAACAAUGAAAAUUCACAGCGUACAUGUAAAAUUAAAGUGAGCUGCAAGUCGUCAUAACUCAUCGAACCUUUAGUAUAAACGCGCCCGAUCUCACGUCGGUGAUGAUGUACUGGGCAGAAUUCACGGAAGAUUCACGGUUUACCGAUGAACCUCCGCAGCUUCGCCCACUCAUCAUCAUUCACUCCGUGGAUAUGCCGUGAUUUUUUAUUAAUGCUCUUGCAUAUUAUACCUUAAUAUGCACUUUUUGAAGUAAUAUCACUACAAAGUACAAUCACUUCGCUCCAUAUUGAUAUAUAUUACCACACUGUAUCUAUCAUGUUAUUCAUAACAAAAAAAUAAUUACUGAAACAUACAAAAUGUGGCCAAUUUUCCCACGGUCACGAAAGAGUAAAGAACUUGGCAUGGCAGAGGAGGUAUACAAGGCCAAAUGCUACUGAAUAAAAACACAUGAACAGUUUAUCCUUAAGCAAGUUCUGCAAGUUUGGGCAAAACGUGCUUGAAAUACACGAAUUGAAGCUUGCGGACCAGUUUGUCGAUGUGGUCAUCAUUUCUGUGCACAGUUAAUAUCAUUAUGUCACCAACUUCUCUUUAAACUUAGUAAGCUUAGUCUUGACCCUAACCUGUUUAGAUGGCUUGAGAUUUUCCUCUUAAAUCGGUCACAGUACAUUGCAUCAAACGGUCAUACUUCUUCAUUUAACGCUGUGGACUCUGGUGUGCCGCAGGGAUCAGUUUUAGGCCCUCUUCUUUUCCUAAUCUACAUUAACGACUUACCAAACGCUGUUUCCUCUAACAUUUAUUUUUUCGCAGAUGACUGUGUUAUCCUCCGCGAAAUCUCGGAUAACAACGAUAACAGGUCUGUACAAGAUGAUAUUAACGCUAUCUCUAACUGGUGUGACGUAUAGUUAAUGCAACUUAACGUGACUAAAUGUAAAACAAUGCGUGUAACUCGUAACAAUAUUCCUUCGCCAAACUAUUAUCUUAAUAACAUUCCCCUAGAAGCCGUGACAUUCUACAAGUACCUUGGCGUCUACAUAACCUCGACACUUUCCUGGUCCUUACACAUUGAUAAGGUAAUAAGCAAUACUAACCGCAUGUUAGGAUAUAUCCGGCGAAAUUUCUCUUCUGCUCCUUCCUCAUUAAAAUUAACCUUAUAUGAAACACUCAUUAGGAGUAAAAUAGACUACGCAUCAUCCCAUCUGGGACCCUCACUCCGCAACCCAUAUUCAAUCGCUUGAACUAAUCCGAAAUAAUGCCACGCGUUUCAUUUAUAGUAAUUACAGCCGAACAUUAAGCGCAACUUCCAUGAAAAACUCCUUACUACUUUCUCCCCUCUCAUCCCGACGUAAGUGUUUUC